AUGGCUCCGCCGCCGCCGCCGCCCAGCACCUUCGCCGGUGGGGCGGAUGAGGCGGAACUCAACGUGGUGGACACGCCGACCUCCCCGUCGGCGGGUUUUGCGCUGGCAAGGUUCGAGUUCGAGAGUGACAAGGGCAACGAGGGGACCAAGAUCCUCAUGGUGGAGUGGGACGGAGCUGCCGCGGCGGGCGAGACAAAGGGGCCGGCCGCGGAGAGCGGUCCCCUAGGGGACUGGGAGGUGUCCUGGGAGGGCAAGACGACCGUGCUGCCGAUCCGCGACUCCGAUUCUACGAGCGGCGCCAACCGACGUGUGUACUUCCUCCUUCCGCCCGGCGCCCCUAUUCCGCCGCUCGUCUCGAUCUCCAAGGCCUCGGGGGGCGUGACGCUCCGGACGAAGCCUCUGCCAGCGAUCUUCCCCGAAGGUCUGGGGGCGAACAAGCGCGAGACAGGGUCGAGGGGAGUGCUUCAUACGCUCUGGGCCAAGCAGCGUCUGCAGGAGUUGGAGGCCGAGAUCAUCACCGAGAUGAAGACAAACGGCGAGAGCGUCGGGCUGGAGAUGGCCGCGCAGGAGCGGGAAUGGAUAGUGAAGCAUUUCGGCCUGUCCAUCGACACAUCUAGCGCCGGGGCCAUCCCUCUCAGCACGUCCAGCCCCAUGACACCAUCGAGCCCGAGAUCGCCCAUAGGGGGCCGUUUGGGCGAGAAGCUGAAGGGCCUCAAGCUGGCGACUUCGCCCGCAGAGUUGGCUGCAGCAAAAGAAGCCAGCAAGACAACCCAGAAGAAGCCACGGCAGAUAACGUCUUUCGCACCGGAAGCGGGCGACGUUGCUGUAUCAUCUUUCUCGACCUUCCCCGGCAGGACGGCUGGUUCCGCGGGUGGCGGCGUGGCGUCUUUAGAUGCCGUUGUAGAGUCGGACACCCAGGAAGCAACGCAGGAAAAUCCGGACACGGAAGAAGAUCUUUUCGCCCUGCCUAUGAGCCCGAGGAGCCCAGAGAUGGCGAAGAGUCCCUUCAGCAUGUUAUAG